AUGUCGCGCUCGCACUCGCGCUCGCGCUCCCCGUCGCCGCGUAAGCGGCCCAAGAUCUUCCGCGCGUGUGUCGCCUGCGUGGUAUCCAAGACGCGGUGCGAGGACGUGACUCCUGGCGGAUGCGCACUCUGUCGGCGGCGGAACAAGGCAUGUUCUCUCGCUGCGGUGGUUGGGACAUUCGAGGGCAUGACACCGCCGCUCUCAGCUCGGUCGACGGGUUCAGCAACUUGUUCACACUCGAGGCCAGCAGCGGAAGGAGAUGAUUUACGCGCCCGCCUAGAUGAUGCCGAAGCGCGCCUUGAACGCACGGAACGUGCCCUCGCAGACCUCGAGACCCGUGUGUCCGGGCCCAUAUCCAGCUUCAGACCACAACCCAAUUCUCAAUAUCGGGAAGACGAACACGUCAUCCUCGCCGGCCCACUACGCCUAUCUAACCUCCAGCUCGAAGGACACGACGAGUCCCUAUGGAGUGUGGCAUGUACCCGCGCCUAUCCUGAUCCCAUUUCGCGUGGCCUGCUCUCGCCAGCCGAAGCCGAGCUCGUCUGGCACGGAUUCAAGGCUCGCGCAGCAUGUCUACUCCCCAUUCCGCCCUUUACGGCAGUAUCAACCCCCCUCCCUGGACACGGGUUUGUUCUUCUUGCCGCAUUACACCACGUCCCCGCCCUCAUAAGGGAUCAAGUCGCUCUACGAGGCAUGGUGGAUGAGUGCAUGGCGCUCGCGAUGGGGAGCCAUGCCUCUAUCGACGUCGUUCUCGCCCUGCUGAUUCUGAGUCUUGCUCCGCCACUUCCAGAUGAUGGAGGGGAGGGCGCGCCGAUUACGCCGACUGCUUGGCGCAUGCUCUCGCUCGCGAGGAGCAUGUGUCUCGCUAUGGGGCUUGAGGCGCGCGCUGUGGUUGCGGUGCGGAAGGGCGAGGAACUGGUCGACGAGAUGUGGGCUGAUUCAUUGUGGAUUUUGCAACUGUGGUGCGCCGUGUCGAACCGAUACGCCCUCCUCAGCCUCAUGUAUCCACAGCCGCCGCCGCCGACACCGCUCUCCCUCCGCCUUCCACGACUACAGCGCGAACAGCUCGAGGCAGCCAACGUCCACCUCCGCGCAGAGGCUCACCUCGUCAUGGCGUUUUCGCCGUUUGUCGCGCGAUUGGCGGCGGUCGAGCACGAGAACGAGUGGGACCAUGACGAGUUGCGCGAGCUCGUCUCGGCGUGGGAGGUCGCCAAGGCAGCCGCAGCCGACGUGGCAGCCGCAAACCCCCAGAGCCCAUCCAUCAGCAUUGACGCCCGCAUUAUAGAGUUUGCGCUACACAUCCGCAUCGCCCUCUUCCUAUCGUGGCUCCCCACCCCACUCAAGGACAUGCGCCAGACGGUCCUCCACUGCCUCCGCAAGUUCCCCCUCAACAUGACAGCCGUAUUAGACAUUGUGACGCCACCACGCGACGGCCCGCCGCCUCUACACCUCGCCCUUGUGCCCGACUACGCCGUCCUCAUGUCGGCAGCAGCUGUGAUUGUGCUGAAACAGAGUGUGCGAUACGUGGCGAUUGCGUAUCCUGGCUCCAAGCUCAUUGAGGGCGGACACCUCGACGAUGCUGGGCGAACUGUCCGCACGUUGGGCCGGGCUGCACGCUUCAUCGUUACCCAGGGCGAGAAGCUGCUUGCGGACUCGGACGCAAACACUCAUUUGGCGGAGGCGGUAUGGCCUGGCCAGGGGAUGACUAUGGUCGAUUUUGACCUCCUAAACUUUGACCUGAGUGUGUUGUAUCCCGACAUUGCGACGAUGGAGCUUGGGCUGUGA